AAGCAAAGAAGAGGCCGCCAGGUGUUGAUUAAUUCACUGUUCAUCACCUAUUCUAACUCAGAUUCCUGUUUCCUUGCGGUAAUCACCUUAAUCAAUGCUGCGAGUCUAGAACAUGCAGGGCCCAGUUACAGCUGGAGACGCCAGUGAAAGCCAAGUUUUGGCUCUGGAUCUGGGUCAAGGCCAGACUCAAAGACAGCGAAUAACUUCACGAAUCCAACAUCACUUGAUCGCCCUCUCCUUUCUCCGCUCUCUCCGCUCUCUCGCCUCUUCAAAAGGUGGGAAACAUAAACAUCACCACAAAACUAAAACCAAAACCACAACCCAAACCCAAACCCAAACCCAAAACAUGGCUCAUGAGCUCAAAGCUGGCGGAGGCGCCAGCGAAGUUACUCGCUCCCUCUCCAACGUCGACCCCGUCAUCAGCGGCCAACUCGUCAAGCUUUUCCAGUCUCUGGCCGAUAGACAAGACAAGACCUGGAGCAAGGAGAGACUUGCCUCCUUCAUCACAGAUGUUCAACAAGAUGCCUCUUCACCCGCUGUCCAGGAACUUCUCGCCAGAGACCACCUCGAUCUGGAUGGCUUCAUGGCCUGGAUGACGUCGUCUCAUGCAGCUGCUACAACCCCGCCUAAACCCCAAGACCUCUCAUAUCCCCUUGCUUCAUACUUCAUCAGCUCCAGCCACAACACUUAUCUCACCGGAAACCAACUCUCGAGCGACAGCUCGACCAGGCCUUACACCGAAACUCUGCUGCGGGGCGGGCGCUGUAUCGAGAUCGAUGUCUGGGACGGCGAUGAGUCUGACCCCGAGGGCACGAGUAGUCCUUCCAGCAGCGACGAGGAGAGAGGUGUAAAGAAAGUCGUAAAAAAGACGAAAAAGAGAAGCACUUUUGGAAAACUCAAAGAAAAGCUCGCAAAGACGAGUCUCCGUGAUAAGGAUGAGUCCUCCGAUCCCGACCCCGCCUCCGGCCAACAACCCGCUCCCGCUCCCGGCGCCGAUCCCGAGUUCACGGAGCCCGAAGCUGCUAUCGUUGAGCCCCGUGUGCUCCACGGCUACACCCUAACCAAGGAGAUUUCCUUCCGAGCUGUCUGUGAGGCCAUUCGUGAGAGCGCAUUUGUUGUUAGCGACUUGCCCGUCAUUGUCUCUCUUGAAGUCCACUGCAAACCGGAUCAGCAACUUGCCAUGGUCCGCAUUAUGAAGGAAGUCUGGGGCGAUCUUCUCGUCCCCGAGCCCGAGAACGAACCUGAUGCUCUGCCCAGCCCAGAUGAAUUGCGUCGAAAGCUCAUCGUCAAGGUUAAGUAUGCACCACCCGGUGCAGAUGCCACUCAAGAGGAGAGUGAGGAGGAGGACAGGGCGCCAGCCCCCGGUGCUCAGGCUGGCGAUGCUCCGCCAAAGAAGCCGGCAAAGAUUAUACAAGAGCUGAGUCGUAUGGGUUUCCAUGCCCGAGGUGUGUCUUUCAAGAGCUUGACUCAGCCAGAAGCUGGCAUGCCCACACACAUAUUUUCGCUGUCAGAGAAGAAGGUCAUCGAUGUGCACGAGAAGCAAGCAUCGGAUCUGUUCAACCACAAUCGACACUUCCUCAUGAGAACUUAUCCUUGGGGCUUGCGAAUAGGAUCGUCCAAUCUCGAUCCUUCUGUUUUCUGGCGCAAGGGUAUUCAGAUCGUUGCGCUCAAUUGGCAGAGGUGGGAUGAGGGCAUGAUGCUCAACGAAGGCAUGUUUGCUGGAACAGGAGGAUAUGUCCUCAAACCCCAAGGCUACCGUCCAAACCGCAACGACGAAGAAACCGAAAACACCAUGACCCGGAAAUCACUCCAUCUCACAAUCACAGUCCUCGCCGCUCAAAACAUCCCACUCCCGCCAGGCGACACCUCUACCAGAGGCUUUGAGCCUUACGUCAAAGUCGAGCUUCACGUCGAAGGACCUGAUGAAUUCCACGGCGGCCCUGUCCCUAACGAAGGACACGAGCGUGAGGGUGAAUACAAGGCCCGCACAAAGACACACCGUGGCAACAUGGUUGACUUUGCUGGUGAACGUCUCGAAUUCCCCCCUGUGCCUCAUGUCCUCGACGAACUCUCAUGGGUGCGAGUUACAGUGCGUGAUGAUGAGAUUGGAAGGGAUGACUUGGCGGCUUGGGCUUGUAUGAGACUUGAUAGGCUGGGUAGUGGGUAUCGGUUUGUGCAUCUCAUGGAUUGUGAGGGUCGCAUCACGGAUGGUGCGAUCUUUAUCAAGGUUGAUAAGAAGUUGGUGUAGCUGGGACGAAGCGGCAUAACGACGAUGUGAUUUUGUGUUCUAUUUAUCCUGCAUAUGCAUACAAUGAGAGCGAUUUUCACCAAGGGUAAUACUGCUUAUUCAAUUCGAAUCAGCGGCGGCUGGGCCCGAAAAGACGUGACAUGUCAGUGUCGCCAAGGUGUCAAGAUAGUGACGGGUAUUAUUAUAUGGUUGAAAUGGCAAGCUAUAGCACUCACUACCUUGUUCUUUAAAUUGGCUUACAUGAGGAAUCCUAUAACAAUUACGUCACGAGACAUCUGGUUGAAAACACAUAGACACAAAUGAAAUGAAAUUCAGGAGCGAGGAAUGUAUCAUCUCACUCAAUAAGUAGCUAACACUAACACGCUAGGAUCUCUCUCAAACAUUCAUUCUUAAUAGUCGUUGUCACCACUGUUCUUGUUUCCCCUGAGCUUGUCCUCAACCUUGUCCUUGACCUUGUCGAGGAAACCACCUGAUCGGUUGUUGUCGUUGUCGUUGUCAUUGUCACGGCCAGAUCCGUAUGUGUUGCUGGAACCAUAAGAGUCGUUGUUGCUAGAGCCGUAGCUAUCAUUGUUGCUAGAGCCGUAGCUGUCGUUGUUGCUAGAGCCGUAGCUGUCGUUGUUGCUAGAGCCGUAGCU